AUGGAGGCCUUGUUACAUCUCCAGGGUGACCCAGAAUCUACAUUGACACCACUCUUCCUCAUCCACGCGAUUUCUGGACUGGCAUUGCCAUACCUUGCGCUCGGAAGCCUCAGUGAGGACAGUGAGCGACCCGUCUACGGCAUCAGCUCUCCGACAUAUGAAUACAAAUCUUAUACGCUACCCUCCACACUCGACAGCUUAGCCGUCGAAUAUGUCAAUCUCAUCCGCAGAGAAGUUCAGCCACAUGGGCCUUAUCUUCUGGGUGGAUGGUCAAUGGGAGGAAUGAUCGCAGAACGUUGCGCAGCAAUCCUAGAAUCACAGGGCGAAAGGGUGCUUCACGUGGUCCUCAUCGACUCUUCAAAUCCAGCCACAAUUCCACCAUUCGCCGACGCCAACGAACACAAUAUUCUCACAUCCUUAACAUUCAGUCACGUCUCUAAGGGGUUGGGAAUUCCUAGCCCGCCGAGUUUGAACAGGAAUGAUAGCGAUUCAAGCAUCAGCAGCACAUCAACCACAGACUCCAUGGACUUUCCACAGCAAAUGGGUUCAUGCACGCCUAACAGCGAGAUAAGCUCAGAUGAGGAUGAAUACCAAUUCGAGGAUGAUGAGGAUGAUUUUGAUGAUGAUGAUGGAGUGAGCAUGCUCGAAUGGCCGGCCCGUAUGCGCAAACAUAUUUUCAACGGAUUGUCAUUGAUCGCUUGCAAAAACACGCCUUCCAAAUAUGGUGCUGUAAAGGCACCAGUGUCACUCAUCAAAUGUGCUGCUCUUAAAUCACUUCCACCAUUACUCUCAGACGCGAGACGCCAUGCUGUUCAAAAGCUUUUCCGCGACCCAAAAUCAGGCUGGAGAAUGGACCAGACAAGAACUCUUUUGAUCAAGAGCACACAUGACCACGUUCUGGAUGCCGAGCAUGCCGAGGAGCUGACAGAGGCACUGAGGAAGGUUUUGAAGACCGUGAGGUGCUAA